GAGACAUGAUGUCACCGGAAGCGAAGCCUGGGAUAGGCUGAGGCGAAGGGAAGCCUCACCCCUGUGCAGCCCAGGCGCCGGGCGCUGGCUCUCCAGCUGUGUGUAGGCCUGGGGGCGAGGGUCCGUGGAACGUAGCGCUGGCUGCGGCCCCGCCCGCCUACCCACCUGCCGGUCCGGCUGCCGGCUCCCGCCACCUCCGCGCUCUGUCUGGGGCCAGCCGCCUGGCGGGCUGCUCCGGUGCGCCUGCCCGCGCUUUUCACUGACAGGCGCUGUUCCCCACAGCGAGUGCCGCCCGCCACGUCCCAGUUCUCGGCCAACGGAGCUGCGCGGCGGGUGACCUUUCCGAGCCCAGCGCGAUGACGGCUCUUUGCUCCCGGCCGGCGCAGCUUCCUGGAGGCCGCCAGCUCGGGCUGGUGCCGUUCCCGCCGCCGCCGCCGCCGCCGCCGCGGACGCCGCUGCUGUGGCUGCUGCUGCUGCUGCUGCUGGCCGCCGUGGCGCCGGCGAGCGGCUGGGAGAGCGGAGACCUGGAGUUGUUUGACUUGGUGGAGGAGGUGCAGCUCAACUUCUACCAGUUCCUCGGGGUGCAGCAGGAUGCAUCAUCUGCAGACAUCAGAAAAGCAUAUCGUAAGCUUUCACUAACUUUACAUCCAGACAAGAAUAAAGAUGAAAAUGCAGAAACUCAGUUUAGACAAUUGGUGGCCAUUUAUGAAGUUUUAAAGGAUGAUGAACGAAGGCAGAGGUAUGAUGAUAUUCUGAUCAAUGGACUUCCAGAUUGGCGACAGCCUGUAUUCUACUACAGGCGGGUGAGAAAAAUGAGCAAUGCUGAGCUGGCAUUACUCUUGUUCAUUAUUCUCACAGUGGGUCAUUAUGCGGUGGUUUGGUCAAUCUACCUGGAAAAACAACUGGAUGAACUACUAAGUAGAAAAAAGAGAGAAAAGAAAAAAAAGACUGGCAGCAAGAGUGUGGAUGUAUCAAAACUCGGUGCUUCAGAAAAAAAUGAAAGAUUGCUGAUGAAACCACAGUGGCAUGAUUUGCUUCCAUGCAAACUGGGGAUUUGGUUUUGCCUUACAUUAAAAGCAUUACCUCACCUAAUCCAGGAUGCUGGGCAGUUUUAUGCUAAAUAUAAAGAAACAAGAUUGAAGGAAAAGGAAGAUGCACUGACUAGAACUGAACUUGAAACACUUCAAAAACAGAAGAAAGUUAAAAAACCAAAACCUGAAUUUCCUGUAUACACACCUUUAGAAAGUACAUAUAUUCAGUCUUAUGAUCAUGGAACUUCCAUAGAAGAAAUUGAGGAACAAAUGGAUGAUUGGUUGGAAAACAGGAACCGAACGCAGAAAAAACAGGCACCUGAAUGGACAGAAGAGGACCUCAGCCAGCUGACAAGAAGUAUGGUUAAGUUCCCAGGAGGGACUCCAGGUCGAUGGGAAAAGAUUGCCCACGAAUUGGGUCGAUCUGUGACAGAUGUGACAACCAAAGCCAAGCAACUGAAGGAUUCAGUGACCUGCUCCCCAGGAAUGGUUAGACUCUCUGAACUCAAAUCGACAGUUCAGAAUUCCAGGCCCAUCAAAACGGCCACCACCUUGCCUGAUGACAUGAUCACCCAGCGACAGGACGCAGAGGGGGUGGCGGCAGAGGAGGAGCAGGAGGGAGACUCCGGUGAGCAGGAGACGGGGGCCACUGAUGCCCGGCCUCGGAGGCGGAAGCCAGCCAGGCUGCUGGAGGCUACGGCAAAGCCAGAGCCAGAGGAGAAGUCCAGAGCCAAGCGGCAGAAGGACUUUGAUGUAGCAGAACAAAACGAGUCCAGCGACGAGGAGAGCCUGAAAAAAGAGAGAGCUCGGGCUGCAGAGGGGCCGUGGACUCAGAAUCAACAGAAACUUCUGGAACUGGCGUUGCAGCAGUACCCAAAGGGAUCCUCUGAUCGCUGGGACAAAAUAGCCAGAUGUGUCCCGUCCAAGAACAAGGAAGACUGUAUCGCUAGGUACAAGUUGCUGGUUGAACUGGUCCAAAAGAAAAAACAAGCUAAAAGCUGAAUAUUCUGGGAGAUGAUGUUCACCUUCAUUUUCCAAAAUGAAUAUCUUAAAAAUCUUAUGCAGAAAUUUGCAUUUUGUACCUCAAUAUUUCUACAUCAUGUGCCUUAGUAAAAAAACAAUAAUAAAUAAAUAAAAGAUGA